GCAACGGCACGGCCUGGACCCCCUCCGAGAGCCCCCGACCUUCCCUGACCCACCCCCAGGAGAGAGAGCCACCCCCUCGAUCCCUCCUGACUCACCGAGACCAGGACCGACUUCGGCCCGACCCCACCCCCAACUCCCCCGGCCUCUCCCGGGAGCGGGACCGACACCGACACCCUCCCCCCCUACAAUCCUCUCCCCCGCUGCCCCACCCUUGGGGACCCCCUCACUAUGACCCCUCCCUGUGGGGUCUCCCCCGUGCUCCCUUUUGGGGCUGGUCCCCCCCUUUCCUCUGUCCCCCUUUAUUGCCACCCACCCCCCCCCCCAAACCGCCAGGGCAGGCACACAGUCCUGACCCUUCCCCCUGUCCUCAGAACCCUUCCUGAAUCCUGAACUUUGCUCCUUGCCCCUUGGUGACGUGACUAGAGGAAAAUUCCAUCCUGGGGAAGGGAGAGAGAGGAGCUGGGAGAGCCUGAUCCAGAAGAGCCUGAUCCCAAGAAAAGCUUCUCCUGGGAGCACCUAAUUCUGGGAUCACCUGGUCCCAGGGUCACCUCAUCCCGGAAAAUUCCAGCUGGCAGAGGGUCUCCCUGUGUUGUCCUGCCAUGGCUGAGCCCUCUGGGAUUUGGGACAGCAUCCCAUUGGAUGUUCCCGGCCUGGACAUCGCUGCUGGGGAGGAAUUCCUUCAGGAAGUGUUCCAGGUCCUGCUGGAGGAGGGCGUGCGGAAGGGCACGGACGUGACACAGAAGGUGUGUGACUGGAAGGAGCCGCAGGAGCUGCGGGAGCUGCUGGAUCUGGAGCUGCGGAACGACGGGGAGGGGCAGGAGCGGCUCCUGCAGCGCUGCCGGGACGUGCUGCGCCUCAGCGUCCGCACGGGUCACCCCCGGUUCUUCAACCAGCUUUUCUCAGGGCUGGACCACCAUGCCCUUGCCGGGCGUUUCCUCACCGAGACCCUCAACACAACCCCAUACACAUACGAGGUGGCCCCGGUGCUGCUGCUGAUGGAAGAGCAGGUCCUGGCCAAGCUCCGGGAGCUCGUGGGGUGGAGCAGCGGUGACGGGAUCUUCGCUCCUGGGGGCUCUAUGUCCAACAUGUUGGCCAUGAACGUGGCGCGAUUCCAGCGUUUCCCAGAGAGCCGGAGCAGAGGGAACUGGGACCUGCCUCGCCUGGGCCUGUUUGCAUCCCAGGAGAGCCAUUAUUCCAUCCUAAAAGGAGCUGCUCUCCUGGGAAUUGGCACAGACAACGUUCACCUGGUGCGGACAGACGAGAGGGGGAAGAUGAUCCCAGAAGAGCUGGAGAAGGAGAUCCAGAGGGUGAAAGCUGAGGGCUCGGAGCCCCUCUUUGUGUGUGCCACAAGUGGCACCACUGUCCUGGGCAGCUUCGACCCGCUGGACGCCAUUGCCGACGUCUGUGCCCGCCACGGGCUGUGGCUGCACGUGGAUGCAGCAUGGGGGGGCAGCGCCCUCCUCUCUCCCCAACUCCGUCACCUCCUUGCUGGCAUCCACAGAGCUGACUCGGUGACCUGGAACCCCCACAAGCUGUUAAUGGUGGGAUUGCAGUGCUCAGCAUUCCUGCUCCGUGACAGCUCCGGGCUCCUGCAGCGCUGCCAUGGCAUGGGGGCCACAUACCUGUUCCAGCGGGACAAGUUCUACGACGUGUCCCUGGACACAGGGGACAAGAGCCCCCAGUGCGGCCGCCGCGCCGACGGCCUCAAGCUCUGGAUCCUCUGGAAAGCCGUGGGGACCCGGGGGCUGGCACGGCGUGUGGAGCGGGCGUUCGCCGCCACUCGGUAUCUGUUGGAGCAGGUGAAGAGGAGGGAAGGAUUCCAGUUGGUGAUGGAGCCAGAAUUCCUCAACCUCUGCUUCUGGUUCAUCCCACCCAGUCUGAGGGGCCAGCACAGCUCCCCAGAAUUCUGGGACAAACUGGGAAAGGUGGCCCCAGCCAUCAAGGAAAAGAUGAUGCGGAGGGGCUCCAUGAUGGUGGGAUACCAACCCCAUGGAUCCCGAGUCAACUUCUUCCGGCAGAUCAUCACCAAUCCUGCUGUCACCCGCCGGGACCUGGACUUCUUCCUGGAUGAGAUCCAGGAAUUGGGAAGGGAUCUGUGAGCAUUCCCCAAAACCCCCAUGAAAGACUCCAAAACCUGCCCCCCAUCCCUGAGGAAUAGGAGCAGAGCCUUGAUUUCCUCCCCACAUCCAAAAAUCAGAAAUUACCCCAAAUAUCCACACUUACAGAAUAAAAAUAAAACAGCUUUUAAUCGUC